AUGCAGGAGCGCCACAAUGCCCGAGACACUGCAGGAGCACCACGGUGCCCAAGACCCUGGAGGGGCGCCACACUGCCCGAGACACGGCAGGAGCGCCACAGUGCCCAAGACCCCGGAGGGGCGCCACAGUGCCCGAGACACGGCAGGAGCGCCACGCUGCCCAAGACCCCGGAGGGGCGCCACACUGCCCGAGACAAUGCAGGAGCACCACAAUGCCUGAGACACUGCAGGAGCACCACGGUGCCCAAGACCCCGGAGGGGCGCCACACUGCCCGAGACAUGGCAGGAGCGCCACGCUGCCCAAGACCCCAGAGGGGCGUCACACUGCCCAAGACACGGCAGGAGCGCCACGCUGCCCAAGACCCCGGAGGGGCGCCACACUGCCCGAGACAAUGCAGGAGCACCACAAUGCCCGAGACACUGCAGGAGCACCACGGUGCCCAAGACCCCGGAGGGGCGCCACACUGCCCGAGACAAUGCAGGAGCGCCACAAUGCCCGAGACACUGCAGGAGCACCACGGUGCCCAAGACCCCGGAGGGGCGCCACACUGCCCGAGACACGGCAGGAGCGCCACAGUGCCCAAGACCCCGGAGGGGCGUCACACUGCCCGAGACACGGCAGGAGCGCCACAGUGCCCAAGACCCCGGAGGGGCGCCACACUGCCCGAGACACGGCAGGAGCGCCACGCUGCCCAAGACCCCGGAGGGGCGCCACACUGCCCGAGACAAUGCAGGAGCACCACAAUGCCUGAGACACUGCAGGAGCACCACGGUGCCCAAGACCCCGGAGGGGCGCCACACUGCCCGAGACAUGGCAGGAGCGCCACGCUGCCCAAGACCCCAGAGGGGCGUCACACUGCCCAAGACACGGCAGGAGCGCCACGCUGCCCAAGACCCCGGAGGGGCGCCACACUGCCCGAGACAAUGCAGGAGCGCCACAAUGCCCAAGACACUGCAGGAGCACCACGGUGCCCAAGACCCCGGAGGGGCGCCACACUGCCCGAGACACGGCAGGAGCGCCACAGUGCCCAAGACCCCGGAGGGGCGCCACACUGCCCGAGACACGGCAGGAGCGCCACGCUGCCCAAGACCCCGGAGGGGCGCCACACUGCCCGAGACAAUGCAGGAGCACCACAAUGCCUGAGACACUGCAGGAGCACCACGGUGCCCAAGACCCCGGAGGGGCGCCACACUGCCCGAGACAUGGCAGGAGCGCCACGCUGCCCAAGACCCCAGAGGGGCUGUCACACUGCCCAAGACACGGCAGGAGCGCCACGCUGCCCAAGACCCCGGAGGGGCGCCACACUGCCCGAGACACUGGAGGGGCUCCACACUGCCCGAGACACGGCAGGAGCGCCACAGUGCCCAAGACCCCGGAGGGGCGCCACACUGCCCGAGACACGGCAGGAGCGCCACGCUGCCCAAGACCCCGGAGGGGCGCCACACUGCUCGAGACACGGCAGGAGCACCACAAUGCCUGAGACACUGCAGGAGCACCACGGUGCCCAAGACCCCGGAGGGGCGCCACACUGCCCGAGACAAUGCAGGAGCGCCACAAUGCCCGAGACACUGCAGGAGCACCACGGUGCCUGA